AUGGCGGGCCGCCCGAUUCCCAACUCCCUGAAGAAGCAGAUGCAAAAGGCUACAGUGAAGCACACGGACAUGCCCAACGACAUGAAGACCGAAGUUGUCGACAUCAUUGCAGGUUCGAUCGACAAGUUCACAUUGCCAACUGGUGUGAACUUUGAAGGGGCGACCCGUGCGAUUAAGGAUGCCUUAGACAAGAGCUACGGCUUCAAUUGGCACUGCGCCAUGGGGAAAGGGUUCUGCUUCGACGUCACAGCACAAAACGGAACUUUGAUGCACUGCUACUACCAGGGUGAGCUGGCCAUUCUGGUGUACAAGUCAGGGAAGCUGCGAACCUCUCUCUCCGGAAGCGGCAAGGUUGCCCCGGUCGAAAAAUCUGAUUUGACAUCGCCAGUUCUGAGACGGCGUCCUGGCGACGCCGUGGCCCUGGCGAUGCCGCAGCCGGAGGUGUCGAGCAGUUUGCAGGCCACUGCGGAGCGGAGGUUGACGGACAGCACUCCAGAAAAGACGCUUCCAGCUACCAUCCCGGCUCAGCCGGACAGGUCUGGGCGGUCUCAGGCACAAGCGUCCUUGACCCGGAGAUCCGAAGGAGAAGCUCGCCCAGCACCGGCACCAAAGACUUCGGUGGCGAGGGCGAAGAAGGCCCCUCCUCGCCCAAAGACAGAAGGUGUCACGAGAGCUUUCGCUAAGUCAUCGGGCAGCUCCAGCAAGCCACUGGCCGGCUCGCCUCGCACGUCUCAGCAAGGCUCUCGCUCCGUGGCAAGCCAUUCCAAAGCCGAGGUGCGGGAUCUCACCCCCAGAAGUGAUGUUCCAUCAUGGCCACGAACGCCUGGGGCUUUUCCAGGUUUAGCAUCGGGUAGUUGCGACCUGCAUUGCUCCCUUGCCAUGGCUGAACCUCCCGGACUCCGGGGACGGCUCUGGAAGAUUGUGGGUGGUGCGGAGAAAGCCGGUGCAGCCCUGAGCUCCCCCGCAAUGGCGCAGCGCUUGCCGACCGGGGCCGUGGUCGAGGAGAUCGCCCUGCAGGAAAGCCGGCUCCAGUUCAGGCUGGUUUCCGGCUCGGGUCCGCCGCAGGGAUGGAUCAGCACGGAGAUUUCGAGCCGGGCCUUGGCUGUUCGGCUGCCUCGAGACGGAGACGGAGACGGAGGCGGAGGGACGGAGAGGGGAGGGAGGCUGAGAGAACAGGAACAGGAAGAGCGUGGAGCAAGACUCCUCGAGAAGGGGACAAAGCAUGUCUCCAGCUGCUUGUGCGAUACGGACAACUUGGAGUUCUUCCAGGUCUUGAAGGAGGAGCUUUCACAAGGCCAGAGGCUUUUCAGCGGUAACUGGAAGCCCGGCAAUGAUGGAAAAUGGAAGACUCCCUGGAGGAAUGGCCUCGGAAGCGAACAGGUAGUGGACUCCAAUGGCCGCAAACUUCCUGGCUUGGCGAAGACUCUUCACAAACUGUGCGAGCUAUUCCACGCGGACAUGCUUCAGUGGUGGGCAAACUACUACGAAGACGGCUCUGUGGGCUGUGAGUUCCAUCACGAUGGCCAUGCUGACUUUAACAUCACUGCCGGAGCUUCCUUUGGUGCAGCUCGAUAUUUGACGUUUCAGCACGAACAUUCCCAGCUGGAGCGCUCGUACCUCCAAGAAAAUGGUGAUGUCUUUGCAUUCGAUGCUCAAGUGGAUCAAGACUUCAUGCAUGGCGUUUAUCCGGUCGAUGCAGACGUAGGCGCGAGGAUUUCCAUCAUCAUCAUGGGCCGAGUUCGAAGCCAAGGUCUCCAAGGCCUCCAUAGCAACUUCGCGGAGGACCAAGCCUCAAACCGCCUGGAAUUCGCCAAGACUUGCCGGCAACGGCUCCUGCAGUAUCAACAGCAGAUCGCAACGCAGGAAGCCAAUCUCAAAGCCAAGGAGGCUGCGAUGGAGGCUGUCGGUGGGGCCGGGGAGGAUUUGUUGGAUGCGGCAUACGAGGUUUCCUCUGAGCAUGUGGUGUUAUCAAGCCGAGUGGUUGAUUUGCUCGACCAGCUGCAGCAGGUUUCUUCCAGCAUGAGGCCUUGGGAUCAAAGUCAGCUGGCCAGACUACAGAGCGAUGCGCUUCUUGCCAUGAAGCAGCAGCAAUCCACCCUCCGGGCGCUCAAAGAGAUUUUCAACAAAGAGGUAAAGCUCCUGAAGCAGGCUAAAGUCCAUGCAGCCCGCUGA